CCAGGCAUUCCUGCGGGAAUCUCAGAACACCGAGCCAAAAGCGUGUCGCAUGACCGUUGCCGGCGUUGGAGCACCAGACGGCCGCGUGCGCUUGCAAGUGUAAUGUUAUAUUAUUAUACCACAUGGCCAAUUCCAACAUGCACUCUGACAUUUGCUUACCCUGACCUGCUAGCGAGCGUGAACGAUGAGUUUAGCGUCGUUGUCGGGUGCCCCGCCGCCCGGAGGGCGGCGUGCUAUGGCAGAUACUGGAGGUACUAUAUUGUGUCACGCUAUUGGGGCUUUGCGCGCAGCACCGGGGCCCGUGUAGCAAGGGUCAAUGGACGGGCGCCUCGCGAACUUGCGUGUAGGCGGUGGAGCUGUGCUUUCAAGCUUGUCGGGAGCUCCUUCAUUAUCUGCGAACAAGCCGAAGGUGACCCUCGGCGACGAUGAUGAUGACUUCAUGGGACCACUGUCGUCCAAAACUCCGUCGGCGGCUAAAUCAUCUGGUAUGGGCUCGUCUUCCAAGUCCAGCGUGCGCAAGUCCACCCCCAACCCACCCACGGCUCGUUUUGACGACGACGAGGACCUGUUCCCAAAGGCGGGGUCUAUGAAGAAGACGGUGUCUUUUGCGCCCGAUAAGAAGGGGGCUGGCAAGGCCUCGAAGUCUCCAUUCGGUGAUGAUGAUGAUGACGACGAUGGCUGGAAGCCCAAAGCCAAGGACCCAUUCGGCGGCGGCGGGGCAAGCAGCUCCAGACCUUCCGCAAACAACCCUGCUUUCAAGUGGGAUGACGAUUCGCCGCCGCGAAGUGGCACCUCGGGGGCGGCCAGCAAGUCGGGCGGGGGCAAGGGCAUGUUCGGCGACGACGACGACUUCCUAUCUUCCCUCAACCCGGACAGCGUCUUCAGCGGUAAGAAGGCCGAGGAGCCUUCCACACGCAGCAGUACGCUAGGGCGUAGCACGUUGGCCACGCCGUCCCGGCCGUCUGGGCCAAAGGCGGAUGACAUCUUCGGGAUGAUGAAGGAUGAGCCGCCGCCCAUCACUGCCGACCUGGGCCUGGACCUCUUCGGUGGCGCGGGAAGCAAGCCUGCGCCUGGCCCACGUGCGGGCCGCCGCGCGGGUGCGACGGCACAAUCCAUGUCGGGUCCGGAUCUGUCCCCGGAGGCCUCGCGUGACCCCACGCCGGAGCACUCGCGGCCGUCCACGUCUCCGGAGCCCAGUGGCCCAAUUGGCGGGCGCGUGCCACCGGGCAUUGCGAGUGCCAUAGGCCGCAGUAGCAGCGUGCCCAGGUCGGCGGGAGGCUUUGGUGAUGAUUUCGGAGAUGCCCCAUCACGUAGUGCGGAUUCGGGCACAGCCGUCGGUCUGGGGCGGCGGAACGCCGGGGAAACUGGCCCGUCAGUCACUUCGCUGAUGGGCCGUGGCGGCAGCGAGCAGGCUCCUCCCCCGCCGCCUGUGCGGGGUGGUGGCAUGGAGCUGGAUGGAGACGACCUCCCAGGCCUGGGCUCACCUGCGUUGGGCAGCAAAAAUGCCAGCGUCAGCUCUUUCAGCAGCCCCAGCGGCGGCCCCGCAACAGGGCGGCGCGCCGCCGCCGCUGCGCCGCCUCCCGCCGCCAAGGCGCCCGAGAAGGAGGAUAGCUGGGAGAUGGAUGACAACCUGUUGCCUGACGACAGCAACACCGCGCCCCCGCCGCCGCCCCCACCGCCGCCAGUGGCGGUAUCAGCGCCCAGCCCCACUCCCAGCACUGGCUACACGCCCAGCUCUGAGGCGCCCGGCCGCUCGCGGCUACAGCAUACCACAUACGGCAAGAAAGAUGAAGACGGUAAUGACGAUGAUGAGCCGAGCAUGGGCGGCUACACGCCCUCCUUUGGCGCGCGCGGCCGGCCGGCAGGCGGCCUGGGCGGUGUCGGCGGCUCCGGCAUAUUUGGAAGCAGCGGUGCCCUGUCUGGACUCGGCGGUGCUGGUGGCGCCACAGGCGGUGGUCUGGGCGGCAGCACGGACGCCAGCAGCACUGCGGGCAGUGGGCUUAUGGGCUCGGGCUAUAACCCGGGAGGGCCGGGAGCGCCGCGGCCACGUCGGCAGCUGGGAAGUGCGACAGGCAGCACGGAUGCGUCGCCCAUGGCUUCCUUCUCAGGCACACCCCUGUCUGGGACCAGGCCUGGAUCUGCCGCCGGCCUGCCGCCCAAGCCCAAGACCAAGGAGGAUGAGGAGCGGGAGCGUGUGGCCGCAGCCAUGGCGGCAGCCACCGCCCGCCGGCAGCAAAUGCUCGGCAGUGGGCCCAUCCGCUUUCCCGGCCAGGCCGCGCCGCCUCCGCCGACCUCGGCUGCCGCCUCCGCGGACCCGCUGUCGGUGGUGGUGCCGUCGCCCGCCAGCGCCUCACCGCAGCGACAGCACUACGGCGCCGGCAGCACACCCGCCACCGCCAGCUCCGCAGGCGGCUUCCCACGCGGUGGCGUUGAUCUGGGUCUCUCCGCCGAUUCCUCCGAUGACGACCUGCCGCUACCGGACAAGGCGACCUCGCCUGCGGUGCCCACACCCAGCGCUCGCAAGCCACAGGCCGGCGGCUCCGUACACGCCCUCGCCUCACAGCGGGCCACCGGGCCCUCACCCCUGGGCCGUGACACAGGCGGCUAUGACAGCCGCGUUACCGCUUCCGUACCGGAGAUGGGCGCGGCGGCCGUCACAGGUGGCGCCCUAAACACGGGCAUGGUGCCUGGUCCAGGGCCGCUGCUGCAGUCGUCGGCCCCCGGGGCCCAGGUGCUGCAUCCGGAGCCGUCCUACCCGCUCAGCGUCGGCUCUCAGCCCAGCGGCCUGAGCCUGGGCGGCGGGCCAGGUGUCAUGCCGGAGCGCUCGGGCAUGUCAGUGGCGUCGCAGCUGUCAGGCGGCGGCUCCGCUGGCGCGUAUGGUAGUGGGCUGCCGCCUGGCGUCACGGCAAUGGGCGGGCAGCCUGGGUUGCCACCUGGCGUCACGGCAAUCGGCGGGCAGCCUGGGUUGCCGCCUGGCGUCACGGCAAUGGGCGGGCAGCCUGGGUUGCCGCCGGGCGUGACCUCGCUGGGGCCGCAGCCAGGCUUGCCCCCGGGAGUCCAUCGGGCCUCCGCCACUGGCGGACUGCCUCCUGGCGUGCAGCGACUCUCGCCUGAGCCUUCCUCGACGCCGCCCUCCGCACCCUCGCCGGAGCCUUCACACGGCGCGUACCCGCCUCCGGGCGUGCAGCAGCUUCACAGUCCGCCGGUGCAGCAGCACUACGCGCCAGCGCCAGCCCCGGCCGCCGCGGCCGCGCCACCACCCGCAGGCUCGCCCACCGCCUUCGCUUUGCCGCCAGGUGCGCCAGCUGCGGUGGCCGUGACGCAGGCCAUGCCGGCGCCGCCGAUGCAGCACCACCAGCAGCAGCAGCAGCCGGGAAUGGUGGCGAUCCACCCCGCGGUGCUCAACGUUGCGGGCAGCUUGGCUAUCCCUGGCUCGGGCGCGUCCACGCACUCGCCGGGCGAAAUCUCGCUGGGCUCGCGUGCGCCCAUGGAGUCCAUCAAGGAGACUCUAGUGAAGGGACUGCAGGAGGAGCUGGAGAAGAUGACGAAGCAGAUGCUGGAGACACGCCAGAACUACGACAAGCAGCUGGACGAGCUGCGCGCCGAUGCAGACAAGCGCGUUGCCGAGGCCCAUACCACCAGCCACAAGCAGGUAGAUGAGGCGAAGGCCGCUGCUGAGAAGCAGAUCGCCGAGGCCAAGGCGGCGGCGCAGAAGGAGAUGGAGGAGGCGCGGGCUGCGCACCGCAGGCAAAUGGAGGAUGCGCUGUCGGGGCAGGAGCGGCAGGGCGAUGAGCAGCGGCGGCGCUUGGAGAAGCAGGCGGACGAGCAGCGGCUGCAGCUGGAGAAGCAGCUGGCGGAGGCACGGACGCAGCGCGACAAGGCGGUGGAGGAUGCGCGUGUGCUGCAGAUGAAGGCGCUGGAGGACGCGCGGCAGCAGCACUACAAGGCGCUGGAGGACAUGCGGCUGCUGCACGAGAAGGUGCAAGCCGACACCAACGCCGGCUUCAACAAGCAGGUGGCGGAACUGAAGGCUCAGCACGAGGCGGAGCUGCGCCGCGCGUCAGAGGACAUGCGCCGCUCCGUAGAUGAGACGCGGCGCGUGGCGGACGAGGCGCGGCGGCAGGAGGGCGAGUCGCGGCGCGCCAAGGAGGAGGUGGUGGCGCUGCGCGACCGUGUGCUCAACCUGGAGGCGGAGCUCAGGGGCCGCGACAGCGCGCUGCGCGAGAGCGAGGGCCGGCUCGUGACGCUGGACGCGCGCAGCAAGACGGAGCUGGCAGAGACGCAGGCCAACGCGAUCAAGGAGGCCGCGCUGCUGAAGCUGGAGCUGGAGGACGCGCGUGUGGGGCUGACGCGCGUGCGCACGCAGUACGAGGAGGCAGCGGUGCUGCACGGGCAGGAGCUGGCCAAGUACAGGGCGGAGCUGGAGGCCCAGCGCAUCAUGGCGGCAGAGGAGAUGCAGCGCGCCCGCACCACGGCGGCGGAGCAGAUCGCCGCCGCCGAGGCCCGCGGCCGUCGCGCCGGCAUGCUGGACAAGGAGAUUGCGGAGGCCACCAUCAAGCAGCAGCUGCAGGUCAUUGCGGAGGAGAAGGAGGUGGUGUCGCGGCACCGGCUCAGCGCCGAGCUGCUGGCCCAGCUCACCGAGAAGGUCCGCUCCGUGGCGGUGUCGUCCAUUGAGCGCGAGGAGCGCGCGCUGUCGGUGCUGGAGCGCGACGUGCAGGACCGCGAGGGGCGGCUGGCGGCGCGCGAGAAGCUGCUGGCGGAGCGCGAGGGGCGCAUCGCGGCGCGCGAGCGCGAGGUGGACGAGCUGCGGGCCAACCUGCAGAACCUGAUGGUCACACUGGAGAGCAGCGCCGUGCACGACCGCGAGGACCUCAAGCGCGAGCAGCUGCGCCUGUCGCGCGAGUCGGCGCGUGUGGAGGCGGCCACGUCGUCGCUGGCGGCGGAGCGCGACGACCUGCGCACACAGGUGGCCAUGGAGCGGCGGAUGCUGGAGGAGGCGCGCGAGGCCCGGCGGCGCGAGCGCGAGGACCUGCUGACGGAGGUGACCACCGAGCGGCGCCGCCUGGCCACCGAGUACUCGGAGACGCAGCGGCAGCUGGACGCCGCGAGGCAGGAGCUGCUGGCGGUGCGCAGCAGGCUGGUGGACCUGGAGGCCCGCUGCCACAGCGCCUCCACCCAGGCGGGCGAGGAGGAGCGGCGGCUGGCGGGCCUGCGCGCAGAGGCGGCGGCCACGCGCGAGGCGUUGGCGGCGGAGGUGGCGGGCACGCGGUCGGCGCUUGCGGCGGAGACCAGCAAGGCGCGCGACGAGCUGCACGAGGAGACCACCGCGGCACGGGACGCGCUGGCGGCGUCGCAGGAGGCUUUCCUGGUGGACAAGGCCAGUCUGGAGCUGGAGGCCCGGCAGCUGGUAGAGUAUGCCGCCAAGCUGCAGGCGCAGUCCGCCGAGCUGGCGGACCAGGCGGCGGACUUGGACGCGCGGCAUUCGGAGCUGGCGGCGGCGCUGCAGGCGCUGGCGGCCGACCAGGCGGCGCUGCGGGCAGCGCAGUCGGCGCUGGAGGAGCAGAAGCGCGUGCUGGGCGAGCUGAAGAAGGCUUUGGACCGGGAGCGCAUGACUGUGGCGGAGGAGCGGCGCGGCCUAAGCGAGGAGCGACUGGCGGCGUCGCGCGCGGCCGAGGAGGCGCGGGGCGCGCAGCUGCAGCUGACGGACGCAGUGCGCAGCUACGUGCAGCAGGGCAUCCCCAUCCCCUUUGUGGUGGAGGGCUCGUCGGGCACGCUCAAGCCCCUGCCGGCGGGACCACCGCUGGCCAUUCCCACACUCACGCCGGACAAGCAGCAGAGCGGCAAGCGCCGCGGCGCCCGCGGUGCCGGCGCCGCAGUCGCUGGCGGCCGCAGCCGAAACGCGUUGAAGCAUAUGCUGGACCGGCUGGGUGUGGACGCGGCGGCGGUGGUGGGCGCUGCGGCAGGUGGCGGCGGUGCUGCUGGCGGCGGCGGCGGCAGCAACAGCAGUGUGGUGCGGGCGCAGCAGGAGUUCUUGGAGCGCAUGCGGGUGUCCGCGCCGGCGGGCGUGGCCGGCCUGAUGGCGCCUGCCACGGCCCCGCGCCCCAUCUCCACGAUACACCGCUCCGGCGGCCCGCCGCCCGCGCCCGCCUCGCCCGUCCCCGCGGGCCUGGACCCCUCGCUCCUUCCCCCCGGCCUCGCGGCGCUGCACGCGCGCAGCACCGCCGUCACCCCCAUCAAGCACUCCGGCGGCGGCGGCGCGCCUCUCACCUCAGCCUACGAGAGCGAGCACCCCUCGCCGGGUCCGCCUGGCGACGCCUCCCCGCCCUAUUUCAUCCACACCAUCGACGCAGUCGGCAUGGGCAGUCCAGGAGCAGUCGCUGCACCCGGCGGCGACGGCAGCAGCUCCGGCGUGAUUCAGCAGUUGCUGGACACGAUCCAGCUCGCGCUGCACAAAUCGGGCAACGCUACGGGUGGCAAGGCGCGCCGCAGUCCCGGUGGUGAGGGCCCCGGGCACGGCGGUGGCGGCAACGGCCAGCGGCUGCGCUCGGCGCGGCUGCAGGGCCUGAUGACGCCGCCAGGCACCGCCAUGGAUGACGACGAUGUGCGCUCCGCCGACCAGCCGGGCCUGGCGGGCGUGUCCUCCGAGAUCGCCUCGCUGCUGCCGCUCAGCGACUCGUCCUCCUCGCUGGACCUGAUGGAGACCGACCCCAACGACCCACUGGGGCUGGCAGGACUGGCGGCGCUAAACGCCGCAGGCGGUGGCGGCGGCGGGCUGGGGUCGCGCCUGGAGGCCCUGGCGGAGGAGCUCAGCACGCCUGGCGGCAGCGCCGCCGCCACCGGCCUGCGCGGCGCUCUGGGCAACAGCGCGGCUGCCGAUGGGCUGCCCGCUCAGCUGGGGGAGCUGGCACACAUCAGCGACAUGCUGAACGCACGACUGGGGGAGCUGGGGCUGGGGUCUUCGCAGGCGUCCGGGCUGGGUUCGGCGGCGGGCACUGGCGGCGGCGGCGCGUCAGUGGCUGGCGGCGGGCCGUCGCGGCAGCAGUCCUCGGCGCUGUCGCCUUCGGUUGCGGCGACCGGGCCCAGCGUGGCGCACUGGGGUGCGGGCGCUGGCAGUGCCUCGGGCCGCGCCGGGAGCAAUGCCAGCGCGUUUGUGGCGUUUGCGGGCAGCGGAGCUGGGGGCAGUGGCACCAGUGCAGCCGCGGGCGGCCGUGGCGGCGCGGGCGGCGGCGGUGUGAACAGGGCUGGAAGCGGAGGUGCCGGCGUGCUGGGUUCGUCCCUACGGAGCGCGGCGGACACGCCGUUGCUUGGUUCCGCGAAUGCGGAUGCGCUGCUGGGUGUGACGCUGCCGCUGCAGGCUUCCGUUGCAACCACGGCCUAUGGCGGCGGCGACGGUGGCAGCAGCUACCACGGCGACAACGCUGGCGAGCGCUCGACACCGGGUGGCGGCGGGACCGAGCUGGGCGAGGCCGACGCGGCGGCGCUGUCACCCAUUGCCUCUGUGAACUCUAUCAGUGACGAGGACGAUGAGGCUCAGCAAUGAAGUGUUGCCGGGGCCGUGCGUGAAUGGGUCACACACUUGUGAGAACACAAUGGGCAACGAGACGCGCCUUGGAAAUGUGCGCGGGUCGGGAACUUGGGAUGUGGGACGUAAGAACAGUUGUGUUCUUGUGCCUUUAGAUGGGCACCAGGCUGUAUCAGAGGCUGCAGCCAAGUAUGAUGGCUGUGCAUGUUCGAGGAUGCUAAGCAUGUAGGCUGUAAUCAUAACCGCCU